CGGCGGGCGCCAGGAGGCGGCGGCCCGACCCCGGCCCAGCCUCGUCCCGCCCGCCCGCCCGCCCGGCCCCGAUCCUGACCCCGACUCAUCCGACUGGCCCGCCCGGCUCGCCGUGGCCCCGCCCCGGCCCCGGCCCCUCCUGAGGGAGAGGCGCCGCCGGCCGAGCGCAGGCCCGGCCAUGACCGACUUCAAAUUGGGCAUCGUGCGGCUCGGCCGGGUGGCCGGGAAGGAGCCGGCCGGCCGUGCAGCUGCACCAGCCACGGACCUUACCCUGGAUGGGAACCCUGUUCCCAUCACCAGCGGCGGAAGCUUCUGGUGGGAGAGAGGAGCAGAGGCAGUCAGAUGAAGACCAAGUACACACUGAUAGAUGAGCAGGACAUCCCACUGGUGGAGGGCUACUCCUUUGAGGCCCGGAUGGAAGUAGACGCAGAUGGAAAUGGUGCUAAGAUAUUUGCAUACGCCUUUGACAAGAACCGAGGAAGGGGGUCGGGAAGGCUCCUUCAUGAGCUGCUGUGGGAGCGGCACAGGGGGGGCAUCGCCCCCGGCUUUCAGGUGGUGCACCUCAACGCUGUCACUGUGGACAAUCGCCUGGACAACCUGCAGCUGGUGCCGUGGGGCUGGCGGCCCAGAGCCGAGGAGACCUCCAGCAAGCAGAGGGAGCAAAGCUUAUACUGGCUGGCGAUUCAGCAGCUGCCCACGGACCCCAUAGAGGAACAGUUCCCCGUCCUGAACGUGACCCGGUACUACAACGCCAACGGGGACGUGGUGGAGGAGGAGGAGACGUCCUGCACCUACUACGAGUGCCAUUACCCGCCCUGCACGAUGAUCGAGAAGCAGCUCCGGGAGUUCAACAUCUGCGGGCGCUGCCAGGUGGCACGCUACUGCGGCUCCCAGUGCCAGCAGAAGGACUGGCCAGCCCACAAGAAGCACUGCCGGGAGAAGAGGCGCCCCUUGCAGCACGAGCUUGAGCCGGAGCGAUGACCGGCCGGUCAAGUGGCUUCUCAUCUCCCCAGGCUGCGGGCGCGGCUGGCGGCUGGACCGGGGCCACCAGGGGGGCUGCACCUGCCCCUGCCCCUGCUCCGCCACCGGAGGCCCCCCCGCGCGCCGCAGAGCAGAGACAGCUGGGAGGCCCCCCGGGACGCUUCUCAUUAUUUAUAUGUUAAUAUGUUUGUAAACUCAUGUACAGUUUUUUUGGGGGGGAGGCAGCGGGAGGGUUAGAAAGUACAAAUAGGGUCAUUUGCUGUAACACUCACUUUCCGGGCGGCUGAGCCGAGGAGGGCGGCCCGCCCGGGCUGGGGCAAAGUAAAGGGUGGGACCGCCCGGC